AUGAUAAAAGAUUGUAUUGAUUAUGCGAAGGCAUGUCAAGAAUGUCAGAAACAUGGUUCGGUACAACAGAUUCCAAUGGAUGAAUUGCAUUCGAUAAUAAAACCGUGGCCGUUUAGAGGUUGGGCUUUAGAUUUGAUUGGGUUGAUUCAUCCUCCUUCAUCAAAACAACAUAAGUUUAUCUUAGUAGCAAUCAAUUAUUUCACAAAAUGGGUUGAAGCAGCUCCCCUAAUAGAAGCUGGUCAAAAUGAAAUAAUAGACUUUGUCGAGGAACAUAUUAUCCAUCAAUUUGAAAUUCCUCAGACAUUGAGUACUGAUCAACGAACUAUGUUUACUGGUCAGCAAAUUAAAAAUUUUGCGGCCUCGAGGAAUAUUAAUAUGGUUACUUCAACUACUUAUUAUGCGCAAGCUAAUGGGCAAGUAGAGGCAGCGAAUAAGAUCCUGAUAAGUUUGAUUAAAAAUCAUAUCGAAAAUAAGCCUCGAACAUGGCAUGAAACUUUAAGCCAAGUAUUAUGGGCAUAUCGAAAUUCGCCAAGAGGUUCGACGGGAACUUCACCUUAUAAAUUGGUGUAUGGCCAUGAUGGAGUGUUACCAUUAGAAAUUAAUUUGAAUAUUUUAAGAGUAUCAAGACAGAAUGAUUUACCAGUUGAUGAUUAUUGGAAUGCAAUGUUUGAUGAGUUAAAUGAAUUAGACUCAGAGCGAAUCCUGGCACUCGAUAAUGUGAUUCGACAAAAAGAAAGUAUUGCUCGAAGUUAUAAUCGUCGAAUCAAAGGAAAAUCUUUUAGGAUCGCGAGUUAG